AUGGCUCGCGGGCCGGGCUGCUGCUGCUGCUGCUUCACGAACAACGUCCGGAACCUGGUGUUGAUCUUGACGACGGCCGCCGUCUCCGCCCUGUUCGCCAACCUGGUCCUGUUCAACUUCACCGCCGUGCUUCAUGAAGACCUGCCACACCAACACAAGCCCGUCGGAGGCCUCGUCUCGCUCCAUGAAUAUUCUACUUGGCAUAGUCAGUUUCAGCCUCAAAGUCUUGACAAGGGAAAUUUCUAAAGUUCGACCAGAAUACUCCAUAAUGUACAAGUUCCUGAGAAUCUCCUAUUUUUUGAAAAGGACCCCUCAAAAUCAAAAACCCUAGAAAUCUGAUAAAUUCGGCUCUUUUGGGAUCUUUGAGUCGUUGUAACUUGGGACGCUGAGGCCAUGGCCUGUCUGCGGCCUCCACCAAUCAGGCACUCUCUCUUUUCGUGUCAGGACCCUUUUUUCGAUGGCUCAAGCCAGUCGUGUCAGCUGCAGAUAAAAACGAGGAUUUCUGAUUUUCUGGCGGAGAAAAAUGAAGUGGUCACUUGAGAGCUCGGAUUUUAUGAAGUGAUCACUUGAGAGCUCGCAUUUAGGCAUAGCUUUGGAGCUCAUAAUUUGAAUUUCUGAAGUGACCACUUGAGAGCUCGGGUUUGAGAGUAGCUUUGAACUAUUAUAUUCAGGAAGUUAUACCUUCCCUCAACUGAAUUUUUGAACGGAGUUUUGGAAUUUCCUUAAGUGAUCACUUGAGAAUGAAAUAUUACAGUUUUUUUGGAGUCCGUGAUUUGGAAUUUCACUGAAGUGACCACUUGAGAGCUUGGAUUUUAUGAAGUGAUCCCUUGAGAGCUCGCAUUUAGGCAUAGCUUUGGGACUCAUAAUCUUGUUUUUUGAACUGACUUCCCGAAAAUUUCUGAAGUGACCACUUAAGAGCUCGGGUUUGAGAGUAGCUUUGAACUAUUAUAUUCAGGAAGUUAUACCUUCCCUCAACUGAAUUUUUGAACGGAGUUUUGGAAUUUCCUUCCUUUCCAAUCUUCCGUUACUUCAUAUUUGUUCGCCGAUGACUUGAAAAUCUCUUCAGAUAACCCUGAUGCUAUCCAAGACAGUAUAAAUAGAUUGCUCGAUUGGUCCAAAACUUGGGGCCUCCCAGUUGCGGCCAAUAAAACUGUUGUUCUUCAUCUAGGCAGAAACAAUCCUGAACAUGUUUACAAUGUUAAUGGCUCACCUAUUCGAUCUGAAACUGUUGUCAGAGACCUCGGUCUCCUUAUCGAUAAAAAUUUGUGUUUCAGCCCUCACAUUAAUCAUGUAGUCAACAUUGCCACUCUCAAAUCUAAACAGCUGCUCAAAGCUUUUGCUCACUUGAACAUCCAGCAGUAUAAUUUACUAUUCAACAUGUACGCUAGACCCUAUCUUGACUAUUGCUCUGAAAUCUUCUCACCGCCUAUAAAUUCAGAACUUUCCGUCCUACUUGAAAAACCUUACCGUCAUUAUACUAGGCAAGUUUUCAUGAGACGUAAUAAAUCCUUUGACACAUACUCCCAUCGCCUCGAUGUACUCGGUUCUACUCAUGUUUUUCCGUAGGAGAACUUCUAUUGCUCUAGUAACGCUUCAAAAAAAUCGUCCUGGGCAUUUACCACUUUCCUAGCGCAGAAAAAGUUUUUUUCAGUAGAAGUCGUUCACCUCGGUAUCCUUUUUCGUUUGAUUCAGACUGGUUCCCGAUUUAAUAGUUUUUUUAGCACUGUCAUUCCUCUUUGGAAUAGACUCUGCUCAAGAUUCAACCCUAACACGUCUACCACCCGUUUCAGAAAGUUUCUCGACUCGCUAAGCAACGAAGAACUUUUUUUCCAACAUUCCCUUACGUCUACUGUGAUCAAAAAUCCUUCUACGUGUUCUAUUCCCUAUACCGGUAAAUUCGCUCGUGAGGGCGUAUUAAAACCGGUGCUCAUUUCACUCCCAUACAAUUCUUGCCCAACUUUGCCUCUUUCUUUGUAGCUCAUGUUAUUUUAUGUAUUGGAGUGAAAUAAAUAAAUAUUCAAAUAAAAAAAUUUCCUUAAGUGAUCACUUGAGAAUGAAAUAUUACAGUUUUUUUGGAGUCCGUGAUUUGGAAUUUCACUGAAGUGACCACUUGAGAGCUUGGAUUUUAUGAAGUGAUCCCUUGAGAGCUCGCAUUUAGGCAUAGCUUUGGGACUCAUAAUCUUGUUUUUUGAACUGACUUCCCGAAAAUUUCUGAAGUGACCACUUAAGAGCUCGAACUUGAGAAUAGCUUUGAACUAUUAUAUUUAGGAAGUUAUACUUUUGAAGCCCAUUACUCUGAAUUUUUAGACGGAUAUUCGGAGUUUCGCUGAAGUGAUCACUUAUGAGCAUCUUUGAGAUGCCAAAAAACACCCAACCUGCAAAACUUUCUUGUCCUUGUGAACCUUAAAAAUCUCUCAAAAUAGGCUAUUUUUGGAACUUUUAUCCCUUUUUUCUAGAAAACUGGGGAGUUUUGCAGGCUAAGACUUUCAGAAUAUUAUUUUGGUACGACAAGGAGUGUUAUGGCCGAUUUAUCGGUAAAACACGGAGUGUUAUGGCCAAUUUAUAGGAAAUUCUGAAUCCUUAGGGAAAAUUACCUUUUUGUAGAGUCUAGAAUGCUCGAAAAAGCCUUUCUAGAAAGUUUAAAGGUGCAUAGACAGUUCCAAUAGAGACCCAUGAGUUCACUGAUUUUCUAGACUUCAGGUUUAAUGGAUUAUUCAUGGCAAAUCCAUAAUUUCUAAGUCAAAGAAAACCUUAAAGAACCGAUAAAUUGGAUUUUUUGGGUCUCAAAAAAAAGUUUUCAUUUUAAAAUCAAAGAAAUCGGUCUUGUGUUCUAUAUGAAAAGAAAAAUUUUUAAAAAAUCCAAAAUUUCAUUUCAGGUCGGACAAAACGAGACAUCAAUGGCUCGCAACCAGAUCUUUCGGUUUUACGGGACAGCGUCACCGAAAUAAUCGAUUCUGAAUAUGGUUCUGAAUCCACAUGAAUCUGAUCAAUGUUCUGAAUUUCCAGACGACGACGAAGGCCAUCCGAUUCUACCCAGCUCGAAAGUUGUCCUGACCACGAUUUCAACACCGAUUCCAACCAAAAAGAAGACCGAGAAGCCGAAGACGAUCUUCAUCACCAACUCGCCGACGGCCUCGACGACGACGUCGCCGCCCAGGACGACUACAAUCAGAAGACGGGCCACCUAUGAGGCGGAUAACGUCGUCAUGCAAGGUGGGAAGAGGCAUUCAGGCUAGCUUAAGACGUAAGGGGCGUGGCCUGUCUGCGCUCUCCCUCAAGCAGACACGAUCUCUUUUUUUUCGUGUCAGGACCCUAUUUUCGAAGGCUCAAGCCAGCCGUGAAUCAGCUACAGUUGAAUUUGACUUUUUGGUGGGAAAAUCUGAAGUGACCCCUUGAGAGCUUGGAUUUUAUGAAGUGAUCCCUUGAGAGCUCGGGUUUGAGAAUAGCUUUGAACUAUAGGAUGUUAUACCUUUGGAGCCCUCAACUGACUUUUUAGACUGAAUUUUCAAAUUUCCUGAAGUGAUCACUUAAGAGCUGGGUGGGAGAAUAGUUAGAAAAUUAAAAACUUCGGAAAGAGACCACUUAAGGGGUUUUCAACGCAAAAAUCAAGAUUUUUUCCGGCUUUUUAUUCCUUUUUCUAGAGGAAUCACUUGAUAAAUCUUUUUUUUUAAUUUUGACGCUCAAGCUGUAUUAUGAUGCCUUUUAAAGUGAUCACUUUAGGGUUUUGAUUUAUCAUUGGAGCACAAACAUGUCGUAAAUCUUGAAGAGGCCACUUGAGGGUUCUAAUUUACUUUUCAAAGCUUAAACUUGAGAAGGUUUGGAGCAAUCACUUAAGGGUUUCCCCAGGCUUUUGCAGAUCAAAAUGUUAGUGGUAGGCUUUCAAGUGGCCACUUGGAGGUUUUGUUCGAGAAAAAAAUCGGUAGAAACUGAUUUGAAGUUUUUUUGGAAAAAUCAAAAAAGAGAAAUUUGAGAAUUUUUUUAUGACAAAAACCGUAUCAUUCAGAAGUCGAAAAAAACGCUGAAGAAGCUCAAAGAAGGCGAAAACGGCGACAGAGAUGAGUUGGACGGCAAAGUCGCCAAGGAGGAUGAACCAGAAAAAGUGGCUGAGAAGUGAGAAUUUCCAGGAAUUUCUUGUGACGUCUUCUGAAUUUUUUUUCAGAAGUUCUAUCAACGUCAUCCCGUCGAAUAGUCUGGUUGAAGACGUCGUCAGGGCUCUUCUUUAUGCGGCUCCUGGAAUCGGUGAGUUGGUCGCAUGUAGAAUGGCUCGAAGGGUCUGCGGCUCAGCUUAUGGAUACCUAAGAGCGAAAGUCGUUUUGGGUCGGGCUUCGAAACUUGCCGUAACUCUUUGACCAUUUUUCCAAUCGAUGAUAAGCUUUGAAGUUAAAAUAAAUUCAUCCCCCCGCCCGCAAAAAAAAAAUCAUAUGAUUUUCCGAAAUCGGCUAGGAAACUCUUCCAUGCCCCAGUGGAAUAUUCGGAAUAAAAAGUGAAAGUGGUCACUUAGGGGAUGAUUUUUGAGAAAACUCGAAGAAAUGAACCCCAGAGUGUAAGUGUAAUAGAAAAAAUGAGUGGUUGGCAAGUGCGCUCCAGCGAACUCUUGAAUUUACAGUCAUUCUGAAGAAAAUUCUGAUCCAUACACAUGAGUAUUAGGACUUGAAAUAAAAGUAGUCUUAGUGGUCACUUAAGGGAUGGUUUUUGAGUAGGGUCAGUUGUCCCCUUAAGUGAUUACUCGAGACCAGUUUGAGCUCUCAAGUGAUCACUUAAAUAAGUCAAAUAGUUUCAUUGAAGUCUUUCAAGAUAAAACUACGACGAAAUUUGUGAUUUUCUUCACUUAAGUGACCACUCGGAUUCAGCUUUGCUAUGACCUGGUUCCAAAGGGAUCCAUUUAGUGAUCACUUAAGUGUUUCAGGAGAGUCAAGUAGUUUCGUAGAAGCUUAUGGGAAUGUAAGGAAGUGGCCACUUAAGAAAGUUAGUCUUUCACUCGAGUUCGAGCUCUUAAGAGAUAACUUGAUUGAAUCGCUUAGUUUAAAGAGGCUCAAACUUCAAAGAAAUUUUAAUUUUUGCCUAGAGGCUAGAAAAAAAUCAUCAGGAGCCUAAAAAAAACUAAGUUCAGAUUUUACUCGAAAAUUAGGGAAAUAUGCAGCUUGAGACUGUUAAAAUUCAUUGGGUUCAUCAAAAAAAAAUUUUUUUAGAGGUUUGGAAUUUUUUUGCAGAAAGAAAUGAAAAAAAUAUAGAAAACUAUAAAGAUCUCAAUUCGGAAGGAAAAUCGAAUUAAAAAAAUAACCUACUGUGGGCGCAGAAGCCCUUCCAUUGAAAUGAGGGGCUAUUUUUGCAAAAUUUUGGAGGAAAAUUUUCGAAAAAACCUCUUUCCAGGAGUCCUCAUCGGAAUCGUCCCCGCAGCCGUUUUGACCAGCAGAUUGGGCCCCCGGAAGCUUUUCAGUAUGACUUUACUGGCUUCGGCUUUCCUGACAGCUUCCCACGCUUUCGUCAUCCCUUUCGGUGAUUUUUCAUCCAUCUGUUCGCAUUUUAAAGAUUUUUUCCAGGAUUUGCCGCCCUUCUCUCCGUCCGUCUUCUUCAGGGAAUCUUCUUCGCCACGGUUUUUCCGGUCAUCGGAUCUUUCACCGCAAAUUGGGCGACCCUUCGGGAACAGCUCCAGUUCAUUUCCACUCUCUUUUUGUUCGUCUCGGUGAGAAAAAAGUCUUUGAAAGUGCGCUCCAGCGAACUGUAGAUAAUUCUGUGACUUUUAAAAAAUUGAUCCAUAAACACGAUAGUUAGGACUUCAAGCUAGAGAAGUCUAAGUGGUCACUUAAGGGAUGAUUCUUGUAGGAACGUGAGAAAGCUUCAAAAAGCCAUAUAAUGAUCAUCAGCUGUCUUUAAAGUUGAUAAAGUUAGUUGACCCCUUAAGUGAUCACUCAAGGCAAGACUGAGCUCUUAAGUGCUCACUUGGAUUGGUCACACCGUUUUAAACAAGCCUUUCAGAUGUAGUCCCUUAAGAAAUAAUCUUUAUAAACUUAACUUAAGUGACCCCUUGAAUUACCCUCACGUUUGGCUAUUAUACGUAGUCUAGUUUUAAAGCGAUUCAUAUAGGGAUCCCUUAAGAAGUUUUGGAGCUUUUUUGAGAGGUCACUUGAGGGAAAUACUUAUUUUCGCAAAAGCUCUCUGGAAAUAUGACGAAGUUGUCACUUAAGAACAUUUUUUUAGUUCUUCCACUCAAGUGACCACUUCAAUUAACUUCAAUUUUUUUCUAUGAUAAAUUACCUGGUUUGAAAUAGAUCCAUAUAGUGAUCACUUAAGAAAUUUUGGAGCUUUUUUGAGAGGUCACUUGAGUGAACUACAUGGUUUUGCAAAAGCUCUCUGGAAUCAUGAAAAAGUAGUCACUUAAGAAAGUUUUUUGGUUUUUUUUUUACUUAAGUGACCAUUUGAUUUAAAUUUGGUUAUGAUUUAAGUUUGGUUAUGAUAAGCUGCCUAGUUUCAAACAGGUCCAUAUAGUGACCACUUAAGGAAUAUUGAAGCUAUUUGAGAAGUCACUUGAGUGAAUUACAUAGUUUCGCAAAAGCCUUCUGAAAAAAUAAUGAAGUAACCCCUUAAGAAAAUUUUUUGGUUCUUUUGCUUAAGUGACCACUUCAUUUUUUUUUUUCGCUCUUUUUUUGUCAUGAGCAUUUUUUCCGAGAAAGGUAGGAUAAGGUUUUAUUAAUUGGAGUUCAAAAAAAUUCUCUAUCGUAUUGCCGCGUUUAGAACACUUCUAAUAAUGCUAGAAAAAUUGCGCCCACCUUGAACCGACUUCCGCUCUGAAGCGCGAGAACACGUGACGCUUUGAGCCAUUCUACGUGCGGCCUUUUCAAGUUUGAAUUUUUCCAGUUCGGCCCUUCGUUCUCCUGGCCCCUCACGACGUACCUCUAUUCCACUGAAACGUCUCUUCUAGUUAUUUAUUGCAUCCACGCCGGCGGCCUUGCAUUCUUCGCAUUGAUGUUGGUUUUCUUAUCAAAUUUUUAAAAAAUUGAUAUUCCAGUUUCUACAUCUUUUACCGUGACCGACCCCAGUACCAUCCCUGGGUCAAUGGCCUGGAAUUGAACCGAAUCGUCGCCGGAAAGGUUCAGGUGAGAUAAUUGGUAGAAAUCAAGGAUGCACCCAUAAAACCCAUCACUUGCAACGUAUCAUUCUAGGAGCUCCAAAAGAACCGAGCCGUUUCGGCACCCUUCUCAACGUUGCUCCGAUCACUGUCGGCUUGGUCGAUUUGGCUCUCGGCGACGGCUUUUUUCUUCGCCGUCGCCCUUUUCGCCCUCUACAUUCCGUCGUUUCUGAGCUCCCAGGACGUCUUCUACGUCGACUACAUCGGGGCCUACGCGGCGCUUCCUUUCCUUUUCUUGGUGGGGGUUUUUUGGACUGCUUCUAGUCGUUUUGAGACCGAAAAGUUGGAUCAAAAAAAUACUUCAAGCUUGAAAAAUCUUUGAACAGUGUUUUUUGAACUGAUUUUAGUUCUUUUCCAGCUUGAAAAGAUAGAAAUUAUCCAUAGCAUGCUGUAGAAAAAAUGCAAGUUUGAGAAACACCUGUGACUCAAGCUCAAUUUUUUAGCCCAUCGCAUUCCUGAUCGGCGGAAUCGUCAAUUUAUGCCGAUGUUCUUCAUCAACGGCUCACGUCCGAGUUUUCAACACUGUCGGAUUCCUACUAUCAGCCCUUUUCAUUAUCCUUCUGCCGGUUAUUGUCUACACUCAUGGCGGAAAUUGGUGAGAUCUCAAUGAAAUUCGAUGAAAAUCGGGGAUAUACAUCAAUAAAAAUAGAUAGGAAUCGGAUAUAACACCAAACAGCAUUAGAUAAACAGAGCUGCUAUUAAAAAAGCGCAAAAAAACCAGCCAAGUGCGCCCCACGGCUAAUUUGACUUUUAUUCUACUUUCUCGGGCCUUUGGUAACGUGAACGGGAUCAGGCUUAUCGGGGCGUUUCUAGUGACCACUUUAAUGGCUUCAGCACCCUUAAGUGAUCCCUAGAACUGCUCAGAAACCGGUUACGCGAAUCGGAAGUGUCCAGGCAUUACUAGUGACCGCUUUAGUAGCGUCAGCACCCUUAAAUGAUCCCUAGAGUUGCUCAAAGAUUGGUAACGCGAAUCGGACGUGUCCAGGAAUUUCUAGUGACCGCUUUAGUAGCGUUAUCUCCUUUAAGUGAUCCCUAGAGUUGCUCAGAAAGGUCCGGAGCGCGUCUGUUUCCGAGGUCCGAGCGGUAGAGCAAACUGAGGUUUUUGAGCUUUUCUAGUUAUCAGUGAUCUUUCCAGUGGCGUGAGAACCCUUAAGAGAUCACUAGAAAUGCUCAGAGUCGUCCGGGGGUUAUCCGGUUCGACUCACCGAGGUAUAAUCAAUUGCUCCCGAUUUGAAAUGCGAGAUGGGUAGAUGAAUCCCUGGAACUGAACCGAGUCCUUCCAGGCCCCUCUACGUGAUGCCGCUGACCUUGGCCCCAUUCGGGCUGAUCGUCGCCGGAUUUCUUCGAAGCCUGACCUUGGUCGGCCGAUUCUACGCCCAACACAUCGUCGCCUACAUGGGCGUCUCUUUCGGCGUCGCCUUUUCAGUCCUGCCCUUCGUCACGACUUUCCUCGUCGCGGCUAAGUUUGUUUUCAUUUUUUUAUCGGCUGUUUCGAACCUUCAGAAGUAAGAAGUCCGUUUCCAUUCCGAAAAAGUAGUCUGAAUACUUAAAGUCCAUUUAUAGCUGAUUCACGGCCAGCUUGGGACGCUAAGGGGGCGUUUCCUGUCUGCGCUCUCCACGAACGAGGCGCUAUCUCGUGCAUUAUCGUGUCAGGACCCUUUUUUCGAUGGCUCAAGCCAGCCGUGAAUCAGCUAUAUCAUCCUUGACCAUUUUUGAAAUUAAGAGCUUCAGUGCAAAACGGCAACUUUCAGUAGCCGAAAAAAUUCUCUUGUCCGUUCUUUUAAAGCCGGAUCCAGGCGAAUUGCUAGUUUUCAACACGCAUUCUCCCAGAAAAUCGAACAAAUGCGAAAAAGUUUGGUACAAAAAUUUCAUCUUUGUUCCUGAGAGCUCUCCUUGCUAUGAUAGAUAGUGGACAACCUCUUGAAUAUUUAGACCAGGUUUUAUUAGGCUCCGCCCACUUUCAGGCUUACUGUAGAAAAAACACCGUAAAAAAACCAAACUUUUUUUCCUAGUGGAGCAAAUUGGUCCAAAACCAAUUUUUGAAACAAAAAUAUGUUCCCUUUUGACCAUUUAAAGUUAUAGAACUGACCCGGAAAAAAUUUUCUUUCAGAAGAAAAAAAUUAAAGUUUUUUGAAAAAUGACGAUUUUCGCAGUCUUCAAGUCAUAACUAGUACUAGAACCCCCGAAUGCCUGGAUUUUUAUUUUUUCAAUCGACGCGUUAGGGUCUUGUGAGUAGAGGAAAAAUGUCUAGAAGCUCUGAAUCCGGGUGAUCCAGUUGACCUUCAUCUCGGAGAACGCGACCAACUUGAAAAUCGCAGAACCUUUGAAAAUUUCUAUUUUUUGUGAAAGCCGGAUUCUGUCUUGUUUCUUAUUUUUGUUCAACAUACGACAGCUUGCUGCAAAAUUACAGCUCAAAAGUAGCGAGCUGGAACCCUUUUAAAAAAAUUUCUGACGUUUUUUUCCAAUUUUUUUCGUUUUUUUCGGCAUUUUUCAAUCUUUUUUUGCUCUAACUAGUAAUAGAACCCCCGAAUGCCUGGAUUUUUUUAUUUUUUUCAAUCGACGCGUUAGGGUCUUGUGAGUAGAGGAAAAAAAUGUCUAGAAACUCUGAAUCCGGGUGAUCCAGUUGACCUCCAUCUCGGAGAACGCGACCAACUUGAAAAUGAAUAAAUUUUUAAAAAUCAGUUACUUUCUUAGGAGCAGGAUUUUCCCUCACUUCUUUUUGCCAAUCAGACACAAUCCACUCAACAAAAAAAUUGGAACAAAAAAAGUUAUGGCUCUCAAGCAUGACGAAAUUUUUCCAAUUUUUUUCACUUUUUCGGAUUCAUUGUUUUUUUCUUUCCUUUUCCAAGCAUUGAGCUCUACUGGAUUAGGAUACCAGGAAUGCUUGGAGUUUUUUUCGUUGUACUGAUCCGUUACAUCUUCCCAAGUUCUUUAAAAAAAUAUUCCCAAGCUCUGUUUCCGGGUGAUCCAGUUGACCUCCAAGCAGCCGAAGCGGUCGACCUCGAAGUCGAGCGAAAUUAAAAAAAUUUUUCCAAACCGUUUUUUUGCUCCCCUAACCAGUAGUUCUCAUCAUCUGGAGGGUUUUCAGUGUAGUUUCCACCAAUUGCUGGCGUCAAUUUUUAUUUUUAGCUCAUUUUUUUAUUUUUUUGAGAAUUUUUUAAAAUUUUCGACGGGACGCAGCCCCAGCAAUACCCCUGUCUGUCGAAUAAUCUGGAAUUCCCUGGUAUUAUGCCUAAAAGAAAGUUCCAACUUACGUAAAGACACUACUUACGAAAAAUAGUGACUACUAUUUUUGUGAAAAAGUAAGAAUCUUGUUUAUCGAUACCAACUGUUUGACUUUUUUUGAGAAAAAAAUUAUUCUGGACAAAAAAAUCAUACAGAAAAAUAAAGAAAAAAAUUUAUUUCAAGCAAAAAAAUAAUCAAAAAAAAUUUUUAAAACACUUUUUUUGUCCAAAAUAAUUUGAUCAGCGUUUCAGUCCAGUUGAUAAUUCAAAAGAAAUGAAAUAAAAAAAUUUACGCCACAGAAAGAAUAGCAAGUCUCCUCUAGAUUCUUGCAAAAAAAAAAAAUACAGAAAGCGAUCUAUUGAUCAUGCCUAUGGGCCGAGAGAAAAUUUUUGUCGAAAGUCUUCGUUUUCGAGUGAACUGAGAAGCUAAGCUAUUUUUGAAAAAAAGUUUUGUCCAUUUCCCCAAUGUCGAUGAAUUCCUCAUAGAAAAACUGGCAAAAACGAAUUUCUUCAAAAAGUUUUGAACCCCGAACAUAGACACCACAGUGCAAAGACGCUAGCCACUGCACCACGCUGCCAACUGUGGUGCAGGGCUCGUAUAGUCCGUUCACGGCUGGCUUGGGACAGUGAACGGGCGGUUUAAUUUUCGCGCGGAAGGUAGAUCAUGGCGACUUUCUAUGCGCCUUCCAUAAAAGCCCCAUUUUAUGACUUAUUUAUUUUUCUCUUAUUAUUCGUUUAAUCUGAAAACCAAUGAAAUGAAUGUAAACAUAAUGUCGUGUUCAAAGUAAUUUCCGCGAAAUGCAAAAUGAUCUCUGACUCUCCAAAAUUUAGUGAUCUUUUCCUUUCUCUAACGGGUAUUUUGCAUUUCGCGGAAAUUACUUUGAACACGGCAUAAUAUAAAUUCAAUAGAAACAGAAAUAAUUCACCAAAUGAGGCUCUUAUUAAAGGCGCAUGUAUGACCGCAAUGAUCUACAAUCGCCGCGCAAGUUAAACCGCCCGUUCGCUGUCCCAAGCCAGCCGUGAACGGGCUAUACGCGAGCCACAUUCCCUCUUGCGUUGCAGCUCUUAUUCAGCGUGCAAGCUUUGAAGCUUCAUAACUCGAAAACGAGAUCUAUUGCGAGUAAUUUUAUUCGUGUUUUGGAAAGAGGAGGUCUUAUAGUACCUUUCAGCAAAGUUUUAACAGAAGUUUCCUUUUCAAUAAUCAACUGGACUGAAACGCUGAUCAAAUUAUUUUGGACAAAAAGUGUUUUAAAAUUUUUUUGAUUAUUUUUGCUUGAAAUAAAUUUUUCUUUAUUUUCUGUAUGAUUUUUUUGUCCAGAAUAAUUUUUUUCUCAAAAAAAAGUCAAACAGUUGGUAUCGAUAAACAAGAUUCUUACUUUUCACAAAAUAGUAGUCACUAUUUUUCGUAAGUAGUGUCUUUACGUAAGUUGGAACUUUCUUUUAGGCAUAAUACCAGGGAAUUCCAGAUUAUUCGACAGACAGGGGUAUUGCUGGGGCUGCGUCCCGUCGAAAAUUUUAAAAAAUUCUCAAAAAAAUAAAAAUGAGCUAAAAAUAAAAAUUGACGCCAGCAAUUGGUGGAAACUACACUGAAAACCCUCCAGAUGAUGAGAACUACUGGUUAGGAAGCAAAAAAACGGUUUGGAAAAUUUUUUUAAUUUCGCUCGACUUCGAGGUCGACCGCUUCGGCUGCUUGGAGGUCAACUGGAUCACCCGGAAACAGAGCUUGGGAAUAUUUUUAAAGAACUUGGGAAGAUGUAACGGAUCAGUACAACGAAAAAACUCCAAGCAUUCCUGGUAUCCUAAUCCAGUAGAGCUCAAUGCUUGGAAAGGAAAGAAAAAAACAAUGAAUCCGAAAAAGUGAAAAAUUGGAAAAAAAAAAUUUCGUCAUGCUUGAGAGCCAUAACUUUUUGUUCCAAUUUUUUGUUGAGUGGAUUGUGUCUGAUUGGCAAAAAAAGAAGUGAGGGAAAAAUCCUGCUCCUAAGAAAGUAACUGAUUUUUUUAAAAAUUUAUUCAUUUUUCAAGUUGGUCGCGUUCUCCGAGAUGGAGGUCAACUGGAUCACCCGGAUUCAGAGUUUCUAGACAUUUUUUUCCUCUACUCACAAGACCCUAAAGCGUCGAUUGAAAAAAAAUAAAAAAAUCCAGGCAUUCGGGGGUUCUAUUACUAGUUAGAGCAAAAAAAGAUUGAAAAUGCCGAAAAAAACGAAAAAAAUUGGAAAAAAACGUCAGAAAUUUUUUUAAAGGGUUCCAGCUCGCUACUUUUUGAGCUGUAAUUUUGCAGCAAGCUGUCGUAUGUUGAACAAAAAAAUAAGAAACAAGACAGAAUCCGGCUUUCACAAAAAAAUAGAAAUUUUUCAAAGGUUCUGCGAUUUUUCAAGUUGGUCGCGUUCUCCGAGAUGAAGGUCAACUGGAUCACCCGGAUUCAGAGCUUCUAGACAUUUUUUUCCUCUACUCACAAGACCCUAACGCGUCGAUUGAAAAAAAUAAAAAAAUCCAGGCAUUCGGGGGUUCUAGUACUAGUUAUGACUUGAAGACUGCGAAAAUCGUCAUUUUUCAAAAAACUUUAAUUUUUUUCUUCUGAAAGAAAAUUUUUUCCGGGUCAGUUCUAUAACUUUAAAUGGUCAAAAGGGAACAUAUUUUGUUUCAAAAUUGGUUUGGACCAAUUUGCUCCACUAGGAAAAAAGUUUGGUUUUUACGGUGUUUUUUCUACAGUAAGCCUGAAAGUGGGCGGAGCCUAAUAAAACCUGGGCUAAAUAUUCAAGAGGUUGUCCACUAUCUAUCAUAGCAAGGAGAGCUCUCAGGAACAAAGAUGAAAUUUUUGUACCAAGGGUUAAUCGAAAAUCUCGGAGAACGUGUGUCAAAAGCAAAUCUUGAAAUUUCAGCAGCCGUGCCGAAUGGACCCGCGUCUACUUUUUCGUCGUCGCGAUUCUUCUCGUGGCGGCCGUCGAGUUCGCCAUCUUCGGACGAGGUACUAAUCUAACCUCAAGAGAAUUCACCAUAAAUUAUCCGUCCAAACUGAAAUUGAAGUAAAAUCGGUACCUUUAACCAAAUUUGUCCGGAAAAGCUCAUUUUAGUUAGUCAAGAACUCUGAAAGGCCUUAAGUGAUCACUCUACUGAGCUCUGAAAUGCCUUAAGUGAUCACUCUACUGAGCUUUGAAAUGCCUUAAGUGAUCACUCUACUGAGAUCUGAAAUCCCUUAAGUGGUCACUUUACUGAGCUCUGAAUUGCCUUAAGUGAUCACUUUACUGAACUCUGAAAUGCCUUAAGUGAUCACUAUAUAUUUCUCAUAGCAACUCAUUUCAUCUUCACAACUUUGAAUCGGUUGUUUUUCGUUGGAUCUAAGGAUGACUCAAGUGACAACUUGAGGGAUUUGCGUUCGAAAAUUUCCGAGUGAUCACUAAAGGGCCAUAUUUCAAGUAAAGCUUCAAGGAGAAGCUUUCUUUUUUUUUUACUACAAAUGAAUAUGCUGAAAGAUGCUCGAAGUGGUCACUUGAGAAUUUUUUUUUACACUUCGAGUAAUCACUUAAGGGCCUGAAAUCGAGUGUUUUUCAAAAAAAAAAAGCUGUAGCCCUUUUUUCACCACUAAAAAGCUGAGAGAUGCCUAAAGUAGUAACUUGAGGGUUUUUCAACUUUUAGUGAUCACUUAAGCGCCUGAAUUCAAGUAGUCGUUCAAGGAGGAGCUGCAGCGCUUUUUUUAAUCAAUGACAUUCUGUGAGAUUCCUCAAGUGGUCACUUGAGGGUUUUUCAACUUCGAGGGAUCACUAAAAAGCGAAACGGCAAGUAGUCGUUCAAGGAUGAGCUCUAGCGUAUUUUUUCACUAAUGAAAAGCUGGGAGAUGCCUUUAGUGGUCACUUGAGAGGUCCACUUAAGGCACUCAAAAAAGUGGUCACUUUAGAGGUUCAAAGAUUAAUUUUUUAACUUUGCAUGAUCUCUAAAGAGUGUGAUCCCUUCAUAUAAGUCCAGUAGUCCUUCAAAAAGAGCUGUAGCCCCUUUGCAACCAAUGACAAACUGAGUGAUACCUAAAGUGGUCACUUAAGAAGUUCGGUUACAAAAGCCUUCAAGUGGUCACUAAAGAGCUAAAUUUCAUCAAGAAGAACACUUCCAAGCGAUCCCUGAAACAUGUCGCCUUAAGUGGCCUCUUGAACUACUCUCAUUUAUUUUUUUGAACAAACUAGAAUUUAGGAGAUCUUCAAGUGAUCUCUUAAGUAGUUAGAGUUUCCACAGCCUAGUGGUAACUGAAGAAUUUUAAUUUAAAUGAUCCUAUGAAGAAAUUUUGGAGUCCGAAUCAAAAAUUGUAACUUUCUGAAGUGGCAAUUUAAGGGAUUUUCGUUUGAGACAAUCAUUGUUGAACCAAUUUUUUGAAAUUCUACCCCUAAAAAAAUCGGACUUCUUUCAGGCCGCUCAGCCUCGUGGGCCGAAAAGUCCUGGGAUCCGUUGGCCAAGACGAAAAUGAACUCCCUGGCCCUGAUCGAUUAUAAUCAGGACGAGUGCGGCCUCUACGAACUGCGUCAUAUCGGCCCUUCACAUUAA